AUGUUGCCACUUUCUAUUCUCUUUGCUUUCGGAUCCCUUGGAAACGAUGUGAUUUAUUGCCCUCAAAAUGGUGGAAAAGCCAAGGAGAACGCCGUCGUUAAGCCGCUACUAGCGCAAAUUAAAAAUAGCCGACUUCUUCUUCUGAGAAACCGACAGAGGAAUUUGCCAGAUGGAUAUCCAAUGCCGAUGCCGAAGAGUAUGGGAGUAGUUGGAAACGAAACUGGUACUCCAUCGGCGCGGAGCACGUUGAGAAGGCGGCCUCAAUGCGAAAAGUCGAAAGCGGCUUCAAAGCCCAGAAGCGCAUUGGCUUCUAAUACCGCUGCUAGAUUUCUGAUGAGUACGGCGCUGGAGAGGCCUGGUUGCAUGGAAAGGAAGCUGCAUAAUUGA